GUGGGUUGGAAUUCUUGUUCUUUACACGGUUCAUAAGGGGAAGUUUAACUGCCCUGGGGGAGGAUUACUGCACAGCUACUUGCUCAUCCUCCUCGUUCUCCUGGCUGCAAUAAUAUGUGUGCUGUCUGCUAUUGUAUACAUCAGUAUGCAAGGAACAAUUUCUAAUCCGGGCCCAAGGAAAUCCCUUCCCAAGCUGCUUUAUACUCGCCUCCUUCUCUAUUUGCCUGAAUUCAUCUGGGCUGUUGUAGGAGCUGUGUGGGUGUCGGACAGCAGCGUGCGCUGUGAGAAGACUGUGAUAAAUGGCCUCACUGGCACAGUUAUUGCAAGCUGGGUUAUCAUCAUCUUUACCAUCGUUGGAGUUGUAGUCGUCUUUGAUCCGCUUGGGGGGAAAAAGACGUUUUACCUCACGGAUAGUGUAAAUCGCAACCUGGAAAGCAGCCAGUCAGGGCAGUUGCUGUAUAAUGUGAAGAACACUGCCACCAGAGUCUGGGAAACAAGAAUCAGGUUGCUGUGUUGUUGCAUUGUGCAAGAUGAUGACCAUCGAGUGGCUUUUACAAGUAUCGCAGAGCUUUUCCGCAACUUCUUUUCAGACACUGAUCUGGUGCCAAGUGACAUAGCAGCUGGUUUGACUCUGCUCCAUCAAGAGCAAGAUAAAAUGGAAAAUUGCCCAAAAGACCCUGAAGAAGUCCUGUGUCAUUCUCCAUCAUCUCUCGUGACAGAUGAUUUGGAUAUUGAACUGGAGAAUGCUGCUCACUAUAUGCUGUUUGCUGCAGCUGCUUAUGGCUGGCCCUACUACAUAUACACCAACCCAUUUACUGCGCUCUGUAAGCUCAAUGGUGACUGUUGCGGAAAUAGACCAACAGAUUCUGAUAUAACUGGCAGUGAUCGUCAUAACUUUCACUUUGGAUCCAUCCUAAAAAUAACAGGACUGCAGUACAGAGACUUCAUUCAUAUCAGUUUUCAUAACAAGAUCUAUGAGAUUCCAUUUUUUGUUGCUUUGGAUCACAAAAAAGAAGCUAUUGUGGUUGCAGUGAGAGGAACCUUGUCUUUUGAGGACAUUCUCACUGAUCUGUCAGCAGAUUGUGAAGACUUGACACUGGAGGAUGUUAUAGAGAAUGGCUUUGUGCAUAAGGGAAUAACUCAAGCUGCAAAUUACAUCUAUCGAAAGCUAAUCAAUGAUGGAAUUUUAAACCAGGCUUUCACAAUUGCUCCAGAAUAUAAACUUGUGAUAGUUGGUCACAGUUUGGGUGGUGGAACAGCUUCUAUCUUGGCAGUCAUUUCUUUCCCAACAUUAAGAUGUUACGCCUUUUCUCCUCCCGGAGGACUCUUAAGCAAAUCACUUGCAGAUUACACUAAGCACUUCAUUGUUUCAGUCAUUGUUGGAAAGGACCUUGUUGCAAGGUUAAGUAUGCCCAACAUGGAGGAUCUGAAGAGAAGGAUAGUGAGAAUUGUGGCAAACUGCAACAGACCCAAGUACCAGAUUCUGCUGCGUGGGUGUUGGUACGAAGUAUUUGGAGGAGAUCCAGAUAACUUCCCGACUGAGCUGGAUGGUAGAGACGAAGGUGCCCUCACGCAGCCACUUCUGGCUGAGGAGAGUUUAAUGGUUCAUCGGUCACCUUCAUACAAUGCCCUUGAGGAAGAAUCGCACUUAAAUUCACCGCCUCGGUAUCCUCAUCUUUAUCUUCCUGGAAAGAUUAUCCAUAUUGUAGAAGAAUCCAGCUCUCAGAGGUUGUGCUCGUCAGAUAUUAAAUAUACGGCAAGAUGGUCACAUGAAACAGUCUUCAGCAGCAUUUUAAUAAGUCCCAAGAUGGUAACAGACCACAUGCCAGAUGUUGUGCUCAAAGCUCUGAAUAGUUUGUCUCAGGAACGUGGAUCGUGCAUUUCUUGUCAAACACAAGAAUGA